CGCUCAUUCCCUUCAUUGAAGCGGAAAUGAGUUCUUCGCCUGCUCAGCCGUUGAAGGUGAACGCGUCAGCUUCUUCCUCUAAACCUCCUAGCCAAAGCUCUACGAGGGAAUCAACGCCAGCAGCAGCCCCAGCGAAACAAAGCGUUAUGUCAAAUCCAUCGGAUAUCUCGAGUCCUCAUGAAUUGACUGCAUAUGUGGAAUCGCUCCUCGAGCAACUAGAUGCUAAGUUUGAUGAUAUGUCCACCCAGAUCUUGGAUCGCAUGAUGCAGAUGUCCGCUAGGGUAGAUGCACUCGAAGCCUCCAUCCAAGAUAUCAUCAACGGUGACGUACCAACCAAUACUAGUACUACUAGCGUGCCGCAGUCACCAUCGCCCAUGGGCACUGCCACAUCCUCGAAUGCUAUACCUAGGCGGGCUUAAAUGCAAUGCCGCCCAAGGAAUAGCUGAGCCGCUGACUGAACUCGAUGAGUCAAAAUCGUCAGACCAACCAAUGUGUGUGAUUAGUUCAAUGCAAUAAUGUUAAUUGACGUUGCCUGUACAUGUAAGGAUUAAGUCGUAGGAU